GGCUGCGUGGGUCGGCCGCCCGGCCGGCUGGGCGGGGACGCUGGAGGUUGACGGGGUCGCCUCGACCUCGGCUUCACACGGUAGCGCUGCUUCAGCCGACAUGGUGCCCUGGGUGCGGGCGAUAGGGGAGAAGCUGAAGCAGCGGCUGCGGCUGGACGUGGGACGCGAGAUCUGCCGCCAGUACCCGCUGUUUUGCUUCCUGCUGCUCUGCCUCAGCGCCGCCUCCCUGCUCCUCAACAGGUAUCUUCAUGUUUUAAUGAUCUUCUGGUCAUUUGUUGCUGGAGUUGUCACAUUCUACUGCUCAUUAGGACCUGAUUCUCUCUUGCCAAAUAUAUUCUUCACAAUAAAACAUAAACCGAAGCAGUCGGGACUUCAAGAAUUAUUUCCCCAAGGUCGUAGCUGUGCUGUUUGUGGAAAAGUGAAAUGUAAACGGCAUAGGCCUGCCUUGCUGCUUGAAAACUACCAACCAUGGCUAGACCUGAAAAUUUCUUCCAAGGUUGAUGCAUCGCUUUCAGAGGUUCUUGAAUUAGUGUUGGAAAAUUUUGUUUAUCCAUGGUACAGGGAUGUUACAGAUGAUGAUUCCUUUGUUGAUGAACUGAGAAUUACAUUACGUUUUUUUGCAUCUGUUUUAAUACGAAGGAUCCACAAGGUGGAUAUUCCAUCUAUUAUAACCAAGAAACUAUUAAAAGCAGCAAUGAAGCAUAUAGAAGUGAUAGUUAAAGCCAAUAAGAAAGUAGAAAAUACAGAGUUUUUACAGCAAGCCGCUUUAGAAGAAUAUGGUCCAGAGCUUCAUGUGGCUUUGAGGAGUCGAAGAGAUGAAUUGCACUAUUUAAGGAAACUUACUGAACUACUUUUUCCUUAUAUUUUGCCUCCUAAAGCAACAGACUGCAGAUCCCUGACCUUACUUUUAAGAGAAAUCCUUUCUGGAUCGGUGUUCCUUCCUUCUUUGGAUUUCCUGGCUGAUCCAGAUACUGUGAAUCAUUUACUUCUCAUCUUCAUGGAUAAAAGUCCACCUGAAAAAGCAACUGAACCACCUUCCCCUUUGGUUCCAUUCUUGCAGAAAUUUGCAGAACCCAGAAAUAAAAAGCCAUCUGUGCUGAAGUUAGAAUUGAAGCAAAUCAGGGAGCAACAAGAUCUCUUAUUUCGUUUUAUGAACUUUUUGAAACAAGAAGGAGCGGUGCAUGUGUUGCAAAUUUGUCUGACUGUGGAGGAAUUCAAUGAUAGAAUUUUGCGACCAGAAUUAUCAAAUGAUGAAAUGUUGUCUCUUCAUGAGGAGUUGCAGAAGAUAUAUAAAACUUAUUGUUUGGAUGAAAGUAUUGACAAAAUUCGAUUUGAUCCCUUCAUUGUAGAAGAGAUUAAGAAAAUUGCUGAAGGACCUUAUAUAGAUGUUGUGAAACUUCAAACUAUGAGAUGUCUUUUUGAAGCAUAUGAGCAUGUACUUUCUCUCUUGGAGAAUGUAUUUACCCCUAUGUUCUGCCACAGUGAUGAGUAUUUCAGACAACUUUUAAGAGGUGCAGAAUCACCAACACGCAAUUCAAAAUUCAACAGAGGUAGCCUAAGUUUGGAUGAUUUUCGGAGCACACAGAAAAGAGGAGAAUCAUUUGGAAUCAGCAGAAUAGGUAGCAAAAUUAAAGGAGUAUUUAAGAGCACUACAAUGGAGGGAGCUAUGUUGCCUAAUUAUGGUUUAACUGAAGGUGAAGAUGACUUUAUUGAAGAAGGUAUUGUUGUAAUGGAGGAUGAUUCACCAGUGGAAGCUGUGAGCACACCUACUACUCCCCGAAACCUUGCUGCAUGGAAAAUUAGUAUUCCAUAUGUAGACUUUUUUGAAGAUUCCUCAUCUGAAAGGAAGGAGAAAAAGGAGAGAAUACCUGUGUUUUGUAUUGAUGUUGAAAGAAAUGAUAGAAGAGCAGUUGGGCAUGAGCCUGAACAUUGGUCUGUCUAUAGAAGAUACCUUGAAUUCUAUGUACUUGAAUCAAAGCUAACAGAAUUUCAUGGCACAUUUCCUGAUGCCCAGCUUCCUUCCAAGAGGAUCAUUGGCCCUAAAAAUUAUGAAUUCUUAAAGUCAAAGAGAGAAGAGUUUCAGGAAUAUCUUCAGAAACUUUUGCAGCAUCCAGAACUGAGUAAUAGUCAACUUCUGGCAGAUUUUCUCUCCCCCAAUGGAGGAGAAACACAAUUUCUUGACAAGAUACUCCCAGAUGUUAAUCUUGGAAAAAUUAUAAAAUCUGUUCCUGGAAAACUUAUGAAAGAGAAAGGCCAGCAUUUGGAACCUUUCAUCAUGAAUUUCAUUAAUUCUUGUGAAUCUCCAAAGCCUAAACCAAGUAAACCAGAACUGACCAUUCUCAGCCCUACUUCAGAAAACAACAAGAAGCUUUUCAAUGAUCUGUUUAAGAAUAAUGCAAAUCGUGCUGAGAAUGCAGAGAGAAAGCAAAAUCAGAAUUACUUUAUGGAGGUGAUGACUGUAGAAGGAGUCUAUGAUUAUCUGAUGUACCUGGGGCGGGUGGUUUUUCAAGUUCCUGACUGGCUUCAUCAUCUCUUAAUGGGAGCUCGAAUUCUCUUUAAAAAUACUCUGGAAAUGUAUACUGAGUACAAUCAUCAGCAUAAACUAGAACAGCUAUUUCAGGAGCACCGUUUAGUGUCACUCAUAACACUUCUUAGAGAUGCUGUAUUCUGUGAAAACACUGAACCUCGUUCUCUCCAAGAUAAGCAAAAACGAGCAAAACGGACUUUCGAAGAAAUGAUGAAUUACAUGCCAGAUCUUAUAGUCAAGCUUAUUGGUGAAGAAGCCAAGUAUGAAGGCAUCAGACUUCUAUUUGAUGGCUUACAGCAACCAGUUCUCAACAAGCAGCUGACUUAUGUCUUACUGGAUAUUGUGAUACAAGAACUGUUUCCUGAGCUAAAUAAGGUACAAAAGGAAGUUACCUCUGUGACGUCCUGGAUGUAAACAUUGGAUUUGGGAGAGAAUAACCAGUUGAAAUUUCUGCUGUAUUUAAUGGAUAUGUACUUUUUUCCCUUUUACUUUUGUAUAUUCUUGUAUAUAUCAUGUAAUUUAGUUUCUGGAAUUUUGAUUUUUUUUUUUGUUUUAAUAAAGACUAAUACAAACUUAACAAUGAUUAAAAGUGCUUGGGUAUUAUAGCUUUUCAUUUUACACCUGUUAUCUAUAUCAUACAUAGCUUAUUGCUUUUUUCUCCUCAACAGAUAAUUCAUAAUCUCCUUUGCAUUGUAUCAUUUUGAAAAUAGUUUAUGUUUAAUGUGGAAAAACAGGGAGAUCUGAUUUGCUUGCUUAUUUGAAGUAAAUACAUUUUAAUAGAUUUACUUUCCUUUUUUUCCUCAUUUUCUUUUUUGAGCUUUUUUUUUUUUUUUUUCAAUUUUUGCAUAGAAGAGCUGAGUGUAGGCCAGAGAUGUGGGGGUGAGGGGGGUGAGAGGAUUCACCAGAGACAGAGUGGGAACAGAACAGGCAGACUGACUGAAGUACACUGCUGAGGGGAGCAGCGGGCAAGUCAGGAGAGGUCUGCUACACCAUGUGGGUAGCUCCCUGGCCGGGGAUCGAACUUAUGGUGCAGUGGCUGCAGACAGCUUUAUAGGUCAUGUCUCAACUCCUUGCGCCACCAGGGAGGCCCUUACGAGUUAUUCUUAACAAAUGAGGGAUUUCCUCCUACUUUUGUUGAAUGACUGCCAGAUUACACAGUCAUACCUUUUGGGUGUGAAAAAUGAUUGUGUGGUUGUGAACCAUACUCCAUUGAAUCUUCAUGUGUAAUUAUAUUCCAAAGGCUAAUAUCAACUAUUUAGUUAAGUAGAUUUUUGGUUUAUGUAGUCUGUUGUCUCUCCAAAUG